AUGUCUUCCUUCCCCGACUAUUACGAGCUUUUGAAUGUGCCCAAGUCUGCGACCCAGGACGAAAUCAAACAGGCUUAUCGCAAGGAAUCUUUAAAGACACACCCAGACAGACUGGUGAAUGUGACACCAGCAGAGAAGCGGAGAGCCACUGAGCGCUUCCAGGCUGUCGCCGAUGCCUACUACGUCUUGAGCGAUCCUAAACGCCGACAAGAGUACGAUCACCUAUAUGGCGCACGAGCAGACCGCUCCACCGACCCUAAUGCCUCCUCCAACUUCUUUACCCAAUUCACAAAUGCCUUUGCCGGUGCUUCCUCGUCUCAGACUGGGCCUUCUCCUGCUACAUCAGCCGCACAACCCGACGCCAACGGUGUCUUUGCCGAUGCUUUCGAGGAGCUGCUGAGACCAGAAGUCGAACGAAUUGCGCCUUGGUGGAGCUGGGUCGGUGCCCUCAGCGGCGCAAGUCUCGGCUUCAUCGUGGCUAACCUACCCGGCCUCAUGGUCGGUGCAGUCGCCGGCAAUAGACUUGGGGCAAUCAGGGAUGCCAAAGGCAAGCCCGUUGCUGUUGUCUUCUCUCAGCUGGCUGGUAAUCAAAAGGCGGAGAUCUUGAAGGCUUUGGCUAUGAAGGUCUUAGGAACAGCUUUCAGUUAA